AUGUCAAUCUCCUCCCAGACAGGCCUGAUGUCGAGUUAUACGCCCCUCACUGAUCGCAGUUCUUCUUCGGAGGAUGAGAAGGCUCUUCGUUCACCACUUCGAUCUGAUAUCGAGGCGGGAAACAGCACAAACCGUCACGAUGACUCGGACCGGAAAUCUUCCCGCUUCAUUGACGGUCGCACAGUCUCCGAUGCCAUCAUUGGCCUUUCGGACGGCAUGACCGUGCCUUUUGCUCUCACUGCUGGACUGUCUGCAUUAGGCGAUACUAAAAUCGUUGUGUUUGGUGGACUUGCAGAACUCAUCGCAGGAGCUAUUUCGAUGGGGCUGGGUGGAUACCUGGGUGCCAAAAGUGAAGAGGAGUCAUACAAAGCUACCCUAAAGGAAACCAAAACACAAACUAUGACGGAUCCCGCCUCCGUGUCAGAAACCCUCUCCGACAUCUUUGAGCCCUAUGAGUUGCCUUCUGAAUUAGUAGCACAACUCAAAAAUCAUCUGUCAUCUUCCCCAUUGCUCCCAUCUUUCCUCAUGAACUUCCACCAUACUAUGCCCGAACCUUCAGGCUCACGAGCUGUUGUCUGCGCCCUAACCAUUGCCCUGGGAUAUUUCGUCGGUGGGUUUGUUCCUCUGGUGCCCUACUUUUUUGUCGGACCGAAUGAUGCAUUCGUCGCCCUGCGCUGGUCCAUCGCUACUAUGGUUGUUGCGCUGUUUAUCUUCGGAUAUGGAAAGACAUGCUUUGUGAGUGGCUGGCGCGGUCGACGUAACAUCCGCAAGGGUCUCAUUGGAGGAAUCCAAAUGGUACUAGUGGGUGGUAUCGCUGCUGGUUCAGCAAUGGGCCUGGUGAAGGGCUUCCAGAUGCUGGCUGAUAGUCCUGGAGACCAGACGCAUGACUAG